GGCCUCCCAGGACUGAACAGAAGGCAGGAAGGCAGCAGGAACCUCUGAUAAUCCUAUAAGUCCUCAGAUGUGCCUGCAUCCGCCAUGACGUUGAGUUCUAACCAGAAGAUGCCUGCUGAGGAGGGUUCUGGAGACCAUGGGGAUACUGCCAGCCUGGGUGCUGUUAACACCAUCUACAGCAGUCCCUUCCCUUCACAAUCACCUGCAUUUCCAGAGGAGCCCUUCACCACCUACUUUGAUGAGAAGAUCUCCAUUCCUGAGGAGGAGUAUUCUUGUUUUAGCUUCCGCAAACUCUGGGCCUUUACAGGGCCUGGCUUCCUCAUGAGCAUCGCUUAUCUGGAUCCAGGGAACAUAGAGUCAGACUUGCAGUCUGGGGCUGUGGCCCAGUUUAAGCUGCUCUGGGUUCUCCUCCUGGCCACCAUAGUGGGGCUCCUGCUGCAGCGCCUGGCUGCCAGGCUGGGUGUGGUCACAGGCCUGCAUCUGGCUGAAGUCUGUCACAGGCAGUAUUCCAAGGUUCCCCGGAUUAUUCUGUGGCUGAUGGUGGAGACGGCCAUCAUAGGUUCUGAUAUGCAAGAAGUCAUCGGAUCAGCUAUUGCCAUCAAUCUCCUGUCUGCUGGAAAGAUUCCUCUGUGGGGCGGAGUUCUCAUUACCAUAGCAGAUACCUUCGUAUUUCUCUUUCUGGACAAAUAUGGUUUGCGGAAACUGGAAGCAUUUUUUGGCUUUCUCAUCACCAUCAUGGCCCUCACAUUUGGAUAUGAAUAUGUUACAGUGAAACCCAACCAGUCCGAGGUCCUGAGGGGCAUGUUCGUGCCCUCUUGUUCAGGCUGUAGCACCCCGCAGGUCGAGCAGGCCGUGGGCAUCGUGGGGGCUGUUAUCAUGCCCCAUAACAUGUACCUGCACUCUGCACUAGUCAAGUCCAGGCAGGUAAACAGAGCCAACAAGCGGGAGGUCCGAGAAGCCAACAAGUACUUCUUCAUCGAGUCCUGCAUUGCUCUUUUUGUCUCCUUCAUCAUCAAUGUCUUUGUCGUCUCAGUCUUUGCCCAGGCCUUUUAUAAUCAAACCAACAUGCAAGUGCAUGAAAUCUGUGUCAAUAAUAGCAGUCCUCACAGUGACCUCUUCCCUCAAAAUGACACCAUGCUGACUGUGGACCUCUACAAGGGGGGAGUGGUGCUGGGAUGUUACUUUGGGCCUGCGGCACUCUACAUCUGGGCAGUGGGCAUCCUGGCUGCCGGACAGAGCUCUACCAUGACUGGCACCUAUUCUGGCCAGUUUGUCAUGGAGGGAUUCCUGAACCUUAGGUGGUCACGGUUUGCCCGAGUGAUCUUCACACGUUCUAUUGCUAUCAUCCCAACACUGUUGAUCUCAGUCUUCCAGGAUGUAGAGCAUCUAACAGGGAUGAAUGACUUCCUGAAUGUGCUUCAGAGCUUACAGCUUCCCUUUGCCCUCAUCCCCAUCCUCACAUUUACCAGUUUGCGUCCAGUGAUGAGUGACUUUGCCAAUGGACUGGGCUGGAGGAUCGCAGGGGGGCUCCUCGUUCUUCUCAUCUGUUGCAUCAACAUGUACUUUGUGGCUAUCUAUGUUCAAGAACUGGGGAACCUGGUGCUCUAUGUGGUGGCUGCUGUAGCCUCUGUGGCCUAUCUCUGUUUUGUAUUUUACCUGAGUUGGAAAUGUUUGAUUGCUUUGGGCAUGUCCUUCAUGGACUGUGAACAGAGAAACACCACUAAAGUCAUGCUCACUGAAGAAGCCACCGGCGGCCACAGUAGCUAAGCAAUGGGUUAGCCUGUCUGUCUGUACUAGGUAGCCAUCAGAGCCAGUGUGUUUCUAUGGUUUACUGUGUAAACUUAUCCAUAUGUAUGUGCUAUUGCACAAAGUUCCAGGGUUCCCUUGGUUUUUUCUAAGGCCCAUUGUGUAUUUGGGGGAAGAUUGUCCUGCAAAGAUGUCAAAAGCAUGGAAUAUUUUUUUAAACUUGUCUUAUGACCUUCCCCCUUUUGCACCGUGGAUGUCAUCUGGGUUGGGGAGUUAGAUGUGGGCUUUAAAAUGCUGACUUUUGCUGCUAUUAUAAAAAUACUAAACUACUCUUCCAACAUUAAGCUACAGAGGAGUCACCCUGAGUAGAGCCACAUUCCCUUGUCUUUCCUCUUGAUCUAUAUUUGGGUGCCCCUUUACUGUGAAGCCCUUUCAUUUGCUGGGUUUUAAUUAUAAAAAGAAAAAAAUAGAAUCCAUGGCCAGAGCUGCUUAGAGUUAUACCAUACUUACUAGAUGUGAAGGUCAGGAAAAUGUGCCACAUCCUGCGUGUCUCUCCUCUGAUUUCCCCUUUGUGCACAGAGGAAGCAGAGCAAGGUUAUUAAGCAGGAUCAAGCUUCUCAUCCUGCCAUCACCAUAACUAAUAGAUGAUGGGCAGCAAUGAAGAAACAUUUGCACGUUUCUUUGUAUUUAUAAGCUUUCAAUGGCUUCCCAUUUGGGGAGGCUUCUGAUUUCCUACCUUUCAUGUGAAACUAGGCAGUUCAUUCACACUCACUCUUGGGCACCUGGGAGGGGGUGGCAGUAUGCACAGCUGUUGAUGGUGCGGUGAUGAUGGACAUUAGUGAUGGUCUCAUCAACUUGGCAGAGAAAGAAAGACUUUUAAAAAAUAUAUAAAAUUUUUUCAUUGAAUAAAAAUCUACUUUCAAUCAUCUCUCUCCUCCUGUGUCCCCUCCCCCCAAAAAAACAUACCAAACCCCAUGUCAUAAAUAUACAAAUUCCCACAUUGUCUAUUCCAAAAAAUACGCAUUUCCUUCUGCUCCAUGAGUUCUAAGGAGACUCUUGAAAGAGUACAAAUCAUUCUGCCAUCAGCCUCGGACCUGUACAGUGGUUACGACUGUGACUUGGCAAGACUGGCCUCGGCCUCUCCCUUCACCCACUGUGUUUCUGUAAGACAAAAAAGGGAAGGAAGUGCACUGAUGUCCCGUGCUCUCCACUCAGGCACUUUGGCUGAUUUUCCUCUGUCUCUGACAUCCUUUUUGGUCAGGAAAGAUUUGGGAUUUGCAUUCUUGGAAUCUUAUCUCCAGAGCCCCACUUGGUUUCUAAUCUGCCCUUGUUUGACUCCAGAUAGCAUCAUUUCUGCAAUUUUGCACACAGCACCAGAUACAGAUCAGAGGGGUCAUCCGUCAUGUGAUACUUGCACAGUUAGAACACUAAGGAGAGCACCUGAUCUGGGAGGUGUGGGUAGUGGUCACCGGAAGGGAGCUCUCAGUGGAGAGAGGUGUUUACUCUGGAUGGUCCAGUGAGCAGCCUCUUCAUCACCUUGUCUGCCUCAGCUCCUUGAGUCUUCAGUUUCAGUCACAGACAUUCAGGAGCCCAAAGAAAAGCUGCUGGUAAUGAACUAAAACAAACCCAGACUCAGAUUUUUGAUGAGUAGAAAACUCAACUCCCAACUUAAAUGAGAAAAACUCUCAUUCCCAAAUGAUAAACAUUUAAGUCAAGUCUUCCCAAACC